AUGUCUACGUCAGAUAUUAACAAAACCAUAGCAUUAUUACAAUCAUCGAAAAUCAAAGAAAGAAAUGACGCGUUAAAUAAUUUAGAAAAUAUAGCAGCAUCGAAGUUUAGAUUAAACCCUAAACAGUUUAGACAAUUAACUCAAGCAAUAUUAGGAUUAAUUAAGCAUGAAUCACAAAUAUAUUUUAAUAAUAAAUCCACUACAGUUGACUCACGAUUAAGCCAGGCAUCUUAUAGUCUACGACUCCUCACUGAAAAAUCAAUUGAAGAUACAAGAAUCGAUUUCAAAUUCCGCACAUAUCUUGAUUUAUGUAUGAGCAUUAAGGAUCAAUUUUUUGUACACUCAGAAUUGUUAGAGCCUUGUUCAAUUGAUUUUAUUAAAACAGUAACAAGCAUUUUGAACUUAAGCUAUGUUAAAGAACAUCUAAAUAGGAAAGAGUGGGCUACAUUAUACAAUUUCUUGGUUUCAUUAAUCAAUAACAUAUUAGAUGAUUGCCAAGGAUCCUUAUCAAACAACGGUAAUAAUGAAAAAUUGUUGAUUGAUUUGUAUACAGCGUUGCAGAAUUUAUUACAGUGUGAAAAUAAUGUUUCUGUGAAUUAUUUACAGUUGUAUGACAAUGACAAUUAUUUCAAGUUGUUAAGAGUAUUGGAUAAAACUUCAGAAUUAUUGAAAAAAGAGAAUGUUAUCAUUAUUAUUAUUUUCCGAAUAAUAAACAAAUUGAUCACGGUGAUUACUACUGAAAAAUUCAAGUUUGUCAACAAAUUAAUUAAGAUCGGUAUCAGGCUUAUGGUUUUCUUUCACCAUUCACAUUGGGAGAAAUUGCAGGAACAAUUUCUUAUAUUUAUCAAUUUACCAGGGACUCAUGACUUGAUUAAUUUACACAAUUUACCAAAAUUGAUUGGCGAUCAAUAUAUUCUUAGUGAAACAAAUACACAAGAAGAUGGAAAUUCAAUACAUUCACAAGCCGAUGAUCAAGAUGAAGUGUUUUUAUACAACCUAGGGGUGCUCAUUCAUCAUUUAAUGAAGAAAUUAAUGUCUGGAUCAUUUGAAUUAAAAACUGACGAUAUCGGAAUUUGUGCAAUCAAUAGCAGUCUUACAUGGUUCAAUUUAAAAACUAUAUAUUCAACUUCGCAAAACUACAAGCCAUGGUUGUUGACUUUAGGAGUGUCACGUCUAUUGAAAUCAUAUUACGACUUGAAACAAUUUAUAAAUAAACAGUCAAAUGAUCCACAAACGAGCCUUCUUCUUUAUUCAAAUGGGUCUCCCAAUAAGAAUAAGCGGCAAAAACUAGGUUCGAUUGCGGAUACCAUUAGUGAUUCCAAUAGCGCAAUUGAGCUUUGCAAUAAAUUAAUUCAUUCCAAAGAAUCAUCAGAUAAUCAAGUAUUGGGCUUGAAAUUGUUGGUGUUUUACCUUGAUCUAUAUACUUUUGAAAAACCAAAAGAAAAGCCAACGGAAUCAGAUAGUAUGGAUACGACUAUUGGUGAAAACACAACUUUUGACUUUGUCAUAUCAACCACUGAUAACACAUUCAUUGACAAAAACGUAGUUAUGAAGAAUAUUUUGAUCACUUUUGACGACAAUUCAAUGAAUUUUUGGAGUAGUCUUUGCGCAAGAUCAGUUUUAUUAGAUGAAAUAUUGGAACUGAACCAUAGUGGGUUUAAAUUUAAAAAAACAUUUUCAAUCCAACUUUUGAAAUUAUCUUUACUUUUGUUAAAAGAGCCAGUGGUUGCCAAUAUUGCGUGUAAUAUCGUCUUUAAAUUGGUAUUCGAGCAGAAAACAAACCUAAGUGAGUUGAUUGAUGAUUCUGUUAUCAUUCAAUUGGAAACUUUAAUUGAUCUCUCAGAAAUCAAUGGACCAUACAAAAUUACUGAAGAAAGUUUCCAGUUUUGGUAUGCCAUCAACAAAUUAGCAAUUGAAGUGAACUUGUCCAAGAAAAACUUCUUGGGUCGACGAAUUCAAGAUUGGAUGUUAGCAAAAUGGGAUAUCACCUUUUCACCUGGAGAAGAUUUUGUUAGUGUUGGUUCGAGUGUAGCCAAUUUCAUGUAUUGGUUGUCGGGAAACUCGAUUACGUAUAGUCCAGCAACAACUCAAAAAUCAAUUUAUGAAGGUGAGAUUUGUGAAUUUUACUGCUUUGCACAAUCAUAUGAGAAUUUAGAAAAAUUUUUGUGUUUGAAAUCUGUAACAGAUAUCAAGGAGAUCCCCAAGUUUGAGAUAAUCAGCAUUGCCAGCAGUGACAGAAUUGACACAAUAUUGAAUAAAGUAAAUCUUACAUUUAUGGCGUUUGAUAGAAGUCUGGUUGCCAGUGGCAGUUUAUUUCAUUGGAUUAUUGUUUUACUGAACAUUGUUGCAAAAGUGCGUUUCAUAAAAUUUGUUACUCAUGAAUUGACUGGAUUACAAUAUCAGUUGUCGGCCGGAUUGAACUCGUUUAAGGAUAUCACUUUAAGUUGUGAAGAGAUUAUUGGUGUGAUGGAAAUGGUUAAUAAGUAUUUACCAACAGAUCCAGAUACAAUACAGAUUUUCAUUCAAAAUUUCCCACUGGAGAAAUUAGUUAAUACUAUCAAGUUUGACUACCCGGGACUUACAGAUAAGGACAAUAGAAAAUCGUUUCCCGAGGAUGGAUUUGGACGGGAGUUUUCUAGAGUCAGAGAUGCUACGACCCCUCCCUUUACCGCUUCAACCAGUGCAAUGUCUUUUAUGAAAUUGAAUUACAAAAAGAUCCAGUCUCUUGAAGUAUCAAAGUUUAUUAUAAUUACUGCUGAUAUUGAAGGGAAAUUACAAUCAGAUAUCUUGACUUCGUUUUUGAAUUAUAUCGAAACAUUGGGUACUGAUGACUUUCUUCCAUCGCUUUUGUUUGCCGUGGAGAAUAUCUUUACUGAUCAUCUGGCUCAUUUUCUUGAUGAAAUACAGCUUGCUAGAUUGUUGAGAAUUAUAAAUGAAAAACUAUUAACUACCCAGAAUUACGAAAAGAACGAGUUUGCAUUGGUGGUGAUUUCUCAAUUUUUGUCAGCUACAGCACCAAUUUGGAUAAAUUCAUCAGAUAGCUCAUUAUCAAGUGAUUUUUAUAGUUUGGUCCUGCGACUUUAUCAGUCUGGAAGAGAUGACUUGAUUUUAACUGAAGCUUCCAUUAUUGAAUAUUGCAAAUUUUUAGCACAAUUUAUCACUCACAAUGACGAAAGGGUUUUUUCAAAUACUGACAUUAAAAAUGAACUACUUGAAAAAUUUUCAAAUUCACCCAACAAUAUCAAAGACAGAUUGGCACAAUCGUUUGGAGAACUUGUUUCGAUAUCCACUAUACAACAACAGGGACAAAUCUAUUCUGAUCUUUUUGAUAGAUUUGUGAAUCCUGAACAAUCUGUUGAAUCUGCUGGUACAUACACUAAGUUCUUUACGAAUUUAUCCCAAUCGUCUUUACAUAUAUUGAGAUUGGCAUUGUUUAAUUUGCUUGAAUGCUCACGGUUCCCUUUUUUCAUUCCCUAUUUGGAAACAUGCUUGAAAGAGUUUUGUAAAAUCAUGAAGCUAGAUGAUGCUAACAGGUUGUUCAAAAUUUUCAAAUUCGAGAUCUUGCGAAACUGGUGGAAGUAUGAUUCAAUCGAUACAUUUCCAUUUGUAUUGUUUCUGUACACAGAUUUGAAUUCCUUUUACCGUGAUAAUUAUCGUGAAUUGAUCGCUGUUGCAUUGUCGACAAAAUCAAAGAGCAGGGAAAUCAGUAAUGAGUUUGUUGAGCAAUUGGCUGACUUGAAGCAAUCUCAUAUCGAAACUUUAGUUGCAGAAAGUUUAUCAAUUAUUGUUCCAUUGUCGUACUGCAAAGAUGGAGUCAGAAACGAUAUGUUUCAAGUCCUUCUUGAUUACUUGAAAGACACACUUAAGCAAGAAUUUAUAGACAAGUUACCUUUGAUUGUAUUAGAAAUUAUCAAAUUCACCGAAAUAUCAAAUGAGAAGUCUUUUGAGAGUCUUGGCACAGAUAAAUCACUUGCAAUAUUCUUAGCUGAUGCUAAUUCAUCGUCAAUAAUCCAAACUGCUGGUGAAAUGGUAAUUUCAUUUGAUUCUAGUGUCCAAUUAUUAAAGAAAUUAGUUGAGAAAUAUCACCAGCCCGAGCAUGAAACUUUUUGGUCCUCAAGACAAAUAUACUUUCUUCUUAGAAGGUUAUCAAUCUCCUUGAAAUCAGCAACAACACUUGAGCAUAAGAUUAUAUUUUUGAGGAAAUUCAAGUUUGUAUUAAUUUUAGGUGGCAAGAAAUCGGUUGACUAUGCUGUUUCUCGUCUUCUAGUUGAUACUUUAUGCCCUUUACUAUUAGACGAACCAUCAAUAUCAACAGAUGUAUUCUUGAUAUUGCAGUUAAUAACUGAUGUGUACCUGCAUCGCUAUACAUAUGAGAAAUCCAUGGUGUUAAUAAUUCAAAUUAUAAAUUCCUUGUUGGCAUCUAAGGCUGUUGAUCGAUCAAGUAGUUUACUAGAUUGCAUUGAUGAUUUUGUUAAUACUGGUGACCAAGAUAGAGCAAUUUGCCAACUUCUUAAAUCAUCAAUUGCAAUUUUAAAGGGUCAAUCAGUGGAAAUCGAAUCUUCUUUGGUUGAGUUAUGUUUGGAGGAAAGUGGGCCUGAUUAUAUAAAGCAAAUGAUUUUGAUUUCGAGAAUUUUUGGCAAUGUUGUUUUUGCUACAAGCCACAGUGGAAGCAAAUUGACUGUGGUUGAGAAAUUAUUGACUAUCAGUAAAAAUCAGAUUCAGGAAUUUUCUGAUGGAUUUAAAUUAUGGAUUUCUGGUUAUUUGUCUGAUUUUUAUAUCGAAGGUGGCUGCAAGGAAGAUGUAAAAGCUCUUACAUUUGAUGAAUAUGAAGGAAUCCCUGUGAAUGAUUUUGAAAAUGAGGUUCGAUCUUUUGAUUUUACUUUAAAAUCAAUUGAAAAAUUUAUCUACAAAGAUGAUUUCCAAGCCGCGGCUUGUGCUGAAUCGAUUAUUGGUGUUUUAAUCAGAAAGUACGAAACAAAUAAACGUGAAGUUUCCAAGUUUUUGAAUUUCGAAACUAUGGUUGAAAAGUAUUCCGAUAGUAUACUCCCAAUUGAUUUUCAUACCUGUGUUAUAUUAAACGAUAAAGCUGAUGUCGAAUACUUGGGAGAUGACUUAGUGGAUAUAAUUGGAAAUUUUGAAUUAUUUUUAUUGAAUGGCACUGAGUUGUGGUGCACUAAGUUGUACUUGGCUCUUUUACAGGAAUUGGCAGUUGAGACUAGCAUUGCACCGCUUUUAAGCACUUUUGUUAUAAUGGUUCCUGAAUUUGCUAAAACGUCCUUGCCAGUUUUGGUGUGUAAUUAUUUGGCUAUAAAGCGUAGUCACAGUCAAGACAGAAUUAUUUCCCUUUUGAAUGAGUUUUUGCACACUUCUAAAAAAUCAGAAUCUUCUAUCAAGAUCUUUCUUCAAAUUUUGAUUUUGAUUAGGGUUGGUGCCAAAAUUUUUAAGAAACCUAUUUUUGCUAAUGUGUUUGCAAAAAUUGAUAAGUUGAAAUUCUACCAAUUGGCCUGUGAAGUGAAACAAUUUAAGACUGCGUUAAUGUUGUUUGAAGAUGUGGCAUCAGAUAAUAACUCAGAUUUGCAUUUGCAAGAUCAUUAUCAAACAUUGCAACAUGUUUAUGAGUCGUUGGAUGAUGAUGAUUUAGUGUUUGGAUUACCAGAAAGAACCACUCUAGAAUAUUCAAUAUCCAUGAUCAACCGAGUUGGGAGUUCAGAGGACAAACUUCGAUUUAGUAGUGCUGGUUUUGAUACCGAUAUGAUGUUGCAUCAAGAGCCAUCAUAUUCUAAUAUAGUCGGAUCUUUGUCAACAGCAGGUCUUUUGGGGGUGUCAAGAGCAUUAAGCAAAAACGCUAGUUUUGAAUCUAACGACGAUUCUCAAUAUGAAUGGAGUUGGAAACUAUCUAAAUGGGAUUUACCAAUUUCCAAAAAUGCUACCAAAGAAAACGAAGUGAUAUACAAGACCUUGAAACAAAUUCACGAUUUCCCCUUGAAUCUGGAAGAGAUAUGUCUGACUUCACUUUUGAAUGCUGUGGAUAAUAAAGUGUCAGCGACUGACAUGAGUGUCAAAGAAUUUAAACAAGAAGGAAUAAAUUGGUUGAAGACUAUUUCAACCGUAGCUUCCAUUGCAGAAAUUGCAAAUUCCACAGGUGAAAACAUAAUACCAAUGACAAAUCAGUUUGUGGAGAAAACACAAUGGUUUGGGGAAGUUGAAUUUAGUAUGUUUGAGAAUUUAUUGUUGGCUAGGCAAUCAACAUUUGGGUUAAUAAAUGGUAGACCUCUUUUGAGUUCACCUUCAGAUGCUGCGUGGAUUGGCUCAUUGUAUGAUUUGGUUAGAUAUAACAAUUUAGCAAGGGCCAAUGGAGAGUAUCAAAAAAUGGUGACAUCGACAAUGUUGGUUGACAAAGUAUCCAAAAAACUUCAAAGUAGCUCUUUGGAUAUGGUUGCUAUCAAUGCUAACAAUUUGGCAUCUUUUCAAACUGCGCAAACUCUUUGGAGUCAGGGAAACACCAACGUACCAGUGAUGAUAAUGAAAGAUUUGUAUGCAGCAGGUGGUAUCGAGAUGUCAGAAAACUUUUUAAAAAUAGAUCCAUGUUUGAUAAGAGCCAUAAUGGUGGAUUGGAUGUCACAAUCACGCCAGGAAGUUGCCUCUAGCAUUAUGGAGAAAUAUGUUUUGCCAACAGAGGAGCUGUCGAAUUACAUGACUGACCUUCAACAGCAAUCAAAAAUAUUUGCAAUUCUUGCCCGUUUUUGUGAGGCACAAUACAAAUCCAAAUCUCUAAGCGAAAAAAUAUCAAAGUUGGAGAAAAGGGUACUUAAUAAGGAAAAUGAAAUCAAAGAUCUUAAAAGGCAGUAUGAAAAAGUAACUGUUACACAUGCCGAACAGAAACAGGUACAGCAAUAUUAUAAUAGAUUGAAAAGGCAAUUUAUUUCUGAAAGUAAGGACUUGGAAUCGUUGCGAAAGAGCAAACAGUUGUUUUCUACCAAAGCAGUUCAAUAUUAUAUGAAGAGUAUAAUUGUUGAUGAUUUUGAAGAAGAGAAUUUGGACAAAUUUUUCUCCUUGUGGUUGGAGCAAUCAGGAAAUAACGAAUUAAAUCAAACACUUCAGUCCGAUUUAUUGGCGUUACCUAGUCAUAAACUUGUUUCUUGGUGUACCCAGUUGAUAUCAAGGUUAUCAAAUGAAACAAAUGGUUUCCAAAUAUUAUUGAAAAAAUUGAUAAUAAACUUGUGCCUUGAUCAUCCUCAUCAUUCGUUGUAUUUGUUGUUGUCAUUAAAGAAGCAUAAACCUGGUGCAAAUGAGGUGUUGAACCCACUGUUACUUUCUAGAUGUGCAGCUGCUCAAGCAAUCUGGGAUCAAUUAUUACAACAAGAUCAUCGAUAUGUUCUGGAAGUGUUGUUGCCAAUCGAUGGUUUCACCGAUCAUUGUACAACUUUGGCUGCUUAUAAAGUCUCCAAGGGUAAAAAUAUUGAUUUGACUAAAUUCCCUUCUGGCGAAUAUUGGUUGAAUGAGUUGCCAGCAAUUCCACCGCCAACUAAAACAAUAAAAGUUGAUCCUAAUGGACAAUAUAAGAAUGUUCCAGUAUUGCAUUCAAUAGACAAAAAGAUUCAGAUUGCGACAUCUGGGUUAAGUUUGCCAAAGAUUGCCAAUUUCACGUUAUCAGAUGGGACUGAGCAUCGUGUAUUGUUGAAGCAUGGUACCGAUGGUAUUCGACAAGACUCUAUUAUGGAACAAGUUUUCAACAAAGUGAACAAUAUUUUUGCUAAAGAUCGAGAAUGUAACAAGAGAGGAUUGACUAUUCGGACAUAUAAUGCGGUUCCCUUAGGGCCGUUAUCGGGGAUAAUUGAGUUUGUCCCCAAUUCCAUGGCAUUUAUCGAUGUUAUUAGUGGAUAUCAUCAAAUACAUGAUAAGAUUAGUUAUGAUAAGGCAAGAGAGAUUAUGAAACUGUGCCAGUCUGGUGAUAAACAAAAGCGAAUACAUAGCUUCGAACAAAUUGAAACGAAAAUCAAACCAGUUAUGCGGUAUUUUUUCCAAGAAACGUUUUUAACUUCUGAUAGUUGGUUUGAGAGUCGAGUUAAGUAUACUCAUGGAAUUGCCACUUCAUCCAUUGUUGGACAUAUAUUAGGACUUGGUGAUCGACAUUGUAAUAAUAUCUUGAUAGAUCGAAGCACAGGUGAACCUAUUCAUAUUGAUCUUGGUGUUGCCUUUGAUCAAGGUAAACGAUUAGCUAUACCAGAAACAGUUCCGUUUAGAUUGACGCGUGAUAUUGUUGAUGGAUUUGGUGUUACUGGAGUUGAAGGGAUGUUUAAAAAAUCUUGUGAACAUACAUUAAGGGUAUUGAGAUCGAAUAAGGAACACAUUAUAUCUAUAUUGGAUGUUUUACGGUGGGAUCCAUUAUAUUCAUGGACAUUAUCGCGCUUCAAAAAGCGGAAGUUGCAAGAGGAUGAAACAGGACCUGGUGUACAGCCCGAGGAAGAAGGGUCAGAAGCUGGCACAGCAAUAAUGACAGUUAUUGAGAAAUUGAAUGCUAAUGGGUUGAGCACUGAAGCUGCAGUACGAGAAUUGAUUCAAGAAGCAACAAGUACACAAAACUUGGCAUUGAUUUAUUUUGGAUGGCUGCCAUUUUAUUAG